CUGUUGUUACCUACCUGUGUUUAUGACAAUAGUUUCGUUUUUUUAUUAGGCGGUGCCUUAUUUUGUCGACGUUUAUGAAAACAUAAGUAUAGGGUGCGGUGUAUUCAAACAGAUACAUAUCUUGGAUAGAUGUUUGUGUUCCAGUUUCACAUUUAGUUUCUUCACUCUAAUCACUAACUGUCAAUUAUUAAAAACGCCUUCAAGACGAAUACUAAUAAUGAACUGCAGGAUCGUUGAGGGAAUGAUUUGCACUGCAAUUGAUUCAGAAGUGAACUGUCCGUGUGAUGAAUGCAAAAAGAGACAUUUUUCUAAUGGGAUUUCUUUCUUCUUCCUGAAAGAUAAAUUCUGGGUCGAAACUGUUUCUGAAGAAGAGUUGUUUCUAAGAUUAAAGACUCUUAAUCCACAGUUUGAAUUUCAGCGUGAUACCCUCCGCCACACUAUUCGUGAUUGUUUUGAUUUUGGAAAAGUGGUAGCUGAAAUCCAGGUUUGCACAGACAUAUGUAGUGUUUCUUUUCAGUACACCUUUGGAGAAUCUGUAAUAAAUUGGACUAGUGAUGCUGUUGUUCCUGUUUCUUCUGUGUUGCAUUAUCAUGUUGUUUUGCCACUUUCAUUUGCACUAGAAUCACUUUGUAAAAAGCAAGAUUUACUCAAUAACAAGUUAUUGGCUCUAAAUCAUCAUGCAAAUCGGCUUCAUGAAAAACUAAUGCUUCCAAUGGGUGAGGAUAUGAAAAAAGAAGACGUGGAUCUGGAUUUUAGUUAUUCAUAUAACUUUUCAACAGGCUUACUUUCUUCGUCCUCUACUCAACAUCUUUUUUGUGAGGCAUCUAAACAUUUAUUUACUCCUAAAAUUCAAAAUAUGUGUGUUUCUCCGAUACAACAGAAACAGCCUACACGUGGGAUAAUAUCAAGCAAUUCAAACACCAAAGAUGUUCAGGAAACAGAAGAGAAACGAAGAAAUGAAUUACAGAAAAAGUUGGCGGAUAAACUGGGGAAGUCCAAAAGUAAAGAAUUGAAAAAACAUGGGAUAUUUCGGAAGUGAUAAAAAAAUUGAGCCUUAUUAAUCAUAGAAACUUCAACUUGCCUUUUUUUUCCUGGUUACUUAUUAACCGCAGAAGUUGAGAUAUCAGGAAUUCUUUGUUGGGUAGUUGCCUAUCGGGAUUCAGGAUAAACGUAGAAAACGAACUGGAAUGCUAUGAAAAAACGUACUGACGCAUGUGGUCACAGACUUCAGCAACAUAAAAUCCGACGUUGGAAACAGAAAAGAAUCAUAUGGCAGAUGAAAAAUUGGAUAUUUCAGGAAGAUAAACACUCUAUAUCUGGUUAUAAUACUGCUAAAUAUAGAUGGCCCGAUAGAAUGUUGACCAUCACAAUUUAAUCCUUACACAAUGACUCAGUGUUUACCAUAUUACGAAGUGAAAUCGUGUUACACCUAAGUUCCCGAGUUUUAUUCUAAUAAUGAUGCGACAAAAUAUCGUUCACUUCAGAAAGUGUUAUCUUCAAAGUUAUAUUUUUCUAAAGUCUUCGUAUGUAAACGGAUAUUUCAUCAUCAGUUUAGAUGUUAUAGUUUUUUUCAUACUUCCGAGGCAUUUUUGUAAUUUUGUCUAUGAAACAUUAUCGGGAAGAUUUGUUUCCAAUGUUUAUAUAAUUUUGAAAUUAGGCUCAAAGUUCUGGAUAAGGUUGCAAACCUAUAUCGACUGCAAUCGACCCAUGAUUUAAACCUACAAUUGCACUACUUACUUGCAGCUGGGUUGCUGACUACAACAUGACUAGAUUCAAAAAAUAUUGAAAGUCGAUAGAUGAAAACAUAUUACUCAAACAUAGACAUAGCUGUCGGUUGUAAACUUGAAGAAUUUCCCGGUGAAGUAUUAAAGUUGAUAGAAAACCAUAAGUGAUGAAUAAAAGUCUCGUGUAUUCAUUUAAUAUUCACACCGAAAACAAUGUACUGAUAUUUUGUUUGUACCUCAUUUACUUAACUCCUUGACAUAAUCUUUUUACUUUUGUAUAUCUUAUUAUUUGUCUUGAUGUAGCAACGAGGAUUAUUACUUUCUGUACUAACUUCCAUGGUAAUAUAAUUAUGUUAGCCUGAUA